UCCCGCAGGAGGUUCUACAAGGACAUGCCCCAGAACGCGCUGGACAAGAAAUCCAACUUCGAGUUCCUGGAGAAGGAGGUGGGGCUGGACCUCUUCUUCCCCAGCCAGAUGCAGGAGAACCUGAAGGUGAGGGGCACCUGGGUGUGGAGGUUCUACAAGGACAUGCCCCAGAACGCGCUGGACAAGAAAUCCAACUUCGAGUUCCUGGAGAAGGAGGUGGGGCUGGACCUCUUCUUCCCCAGCCAGAUGCAGGAGAACCUGAAGGAGGUGGGGCUGGACCUCUUCUUCCCCAGCCAGAUGCAGGAGAACCUGAAGCAAGGAUGGAACAUCACCGUGGACCUGGUCAUCGGCCCCAAGGGCAUCCGCCAGGUGACCAGCAAGGACACCAAGCCCACCUGCCUGGCGGAAUUCCGGGACAUCAAAUCCAUCCGGUGCUCCGCAGCGGAGGACGGCCAGGCUCUGCUGCAGCUGGGGCUCAGCGGGACCCCCCAGUCGCUGGCCAUCAAGACGUCGUCGCUGGCCGAGGCGGAGAACAUGGCCGACCUCAUCGACGGAUACUGCCGGCUGCAGGGCGGCUCCGAGGAGUCGCUGAUCGCCUUCCCCGGGAAAGAUCGCGAGAAGAGGAUCAGCCUCCCACAGAUCCCGGCCCCGAAUCUCGGGGAGAGGCAUUCCACGCUCUCCCACAGCGUCAGCGGCGAUUCCGAAAUUUACGCGGAAAUCCUGGAUGAAUCCUCAAGGCCGAGAUCCGGAACCACGGGCAUCCCCCGGUUAUUCCGGGCGGACCUUCCCUUGGAACCACCCGCGGUCACGGAAUCUCCUCCCCCCUUCCCGCCCCCCCCCCCCCCAAACCGGGAGAAAUUCCUCAGCGAAGCCGUGCUGAUGAAGAAGCUGGACCACCCGCACAUCGUGAAGCUCAUCGGCAUCGCCGAGGAGGAGCCCACCUGGAUCAUCAUGGAGCUCUAUCCCUACGGAGAGCUGGGCCAGUACCUGGAGCAGAACCGGCUGGGCCUGGCCGUGCCCACCCUGGUGCUGUACGCGCUGCAGGUCAGCAAGGCCCUGGCCUACCUGGAGGCCAUCAACUGCGUCCACAGGGACAUCGCCGUCAGGAACAUCCUGGUGGCCUCCCCGGAAUGCGUCAAGCUCGGAGACUUCGGCCUCUCCCGCUACAUCGAGGAUGAGGAAUACUACAAAGCUUCCGUCACCCGCCUGCCCAUCAAGUGGAUGUCGCCGGAAUCCAUCAACUUCCGGCGCUUCACCACGGCCAGCGACGUCUGGAUGUUCGCCGUGUGCAUGUGGGAGAUCCUGAGCUACGGGAAGCAGCCGUUCUUCUGGCUGGAAAACAAGGAUGUGAUCGGAGUCCUGGAAAAGGGGGAUCGGCUUCCCAAACCCGACCUGUGCCCGCCCGUGCUCUACACGCUCAUGACGCGCUGCUGGGACUACGAUCCCGGGGAAAGGCCCAAAUUCCAGGAGCUGGUCUGCAGCCUGAGUGACAUUUACCUGAUGGAGAAGGAGCUGGCCAAGGAGCAGGAGAGGAACAACCGGCACCGCCCUCCCAAAAUCCUGGAGCCGCCGGCAUUCCAGGAGCCGCCUCCCAAGCCCAGCAGGCCCGUGUACAAGCCGCCAUCCCAGAAUAACCUCCUGGCUCCCAAGCUGCAAUUCCAGGAGGAGGAUUUCCAGCGUCCGGGCAGCCGCGAGGAGGCGCAGCAGCUGCUGGAGCUGGAGCGGCUCCGCGUGGAGCGCGCCAUGGAGCGCCAGCAGAAGGAGAUGCUGGAGGAUCACCGCUGGCUCCGCCAGGAGGUCCAGAGCCUGGUGAGACCCCCCCCGCCAUCCCAAAAUAUCCCUCGGAAAUCCGGGAAAGGAGCGGGAAUCCCACUCCUCCCGGAGAAGGAGACGGAUUACACGCAAUUCACGGGGCCGCCCCAGAAGCCUCCGAGACUCGGGGCUCAGCCCAUCCAGCCGGCGCCCACGGCCAACCUGGACCGCACGGACGAUCCGGUCUACGGGAAUGUCAUGGAUCUGGUGCGGGCCGUGCUGCAGCUGAAGAACCAGAUCAGCCAGGUGCCCCCCGAGGGAUACAUCCUGGUGGUCAAGAACAUCGGCCUUUCCCUACGGAAGCUCAUCGGGAGCGUUGACGACAUCCUUCCCAACCUUCCGUCCUCUUCCCGCACCGAGAUCGAGGGCACCCAGAAGCUCCUCAACAAGGACCUGGCCAACCUCAUCAGCAAGAUGCGCCUGGCGCAGCAGAAUUCCGGCACUUCCCUGAGCGCGGAAUUCCAGCGGCAGAUGCUGACGGCUUCCCACGCCCUGGCCGUGGACGCCAAGAACCUUCUGGACGCCGUGGACCAGGCCAAGCUCCAGGCCGAGCUGGUCAAGCCGUGCUCGGAAUGAGGUGGAAAAUUCCGGAUGCCGGGAGGAGUCGGCUCCUGGCGGCGCCUCCCGUUGGGAUUUUUUCCCCCCGCUCUCCCUCUUCCCGCUCCUCCUGCAGCCGCCUCGUGUCUGUCAGUGUCGCGUCGCUCUUCGGAAGGCGGGAGGCAUCCGGUGGGGUUUUCCUCGGAAAAAAAAAAAAAAAAAAAAAAAAAAAAAAAAAAAAAAGG